GGGCCUCUUUACCUCUCCUGGAUGUUUGAAAUGAACUUGAGUAGCAGCAUCUGAUGGAUCAGGUUUAUAAUGUUUCUGCGGUGAGAGUUUUCACUCUCUCUGCAUUCAGUGAGACGCUGCAUCACAGAGGCACUAUCUUUUCUCUCACUUUGCUGUGUUACUGUGUGAUUCUGUUCCUUAAUGUCUCGCUCGUCAUGACCAUUGUCUUAGACGAAAAGUUCCACGAGCCCAUGUACAUUUUGAUAUGUGUUUCUUGCAUCAAUGGACUUUAUGGGACGGCAGGUUUCUACCCAAAGUUCCUCGUCGACCUCCUGUCGUCUUCUCAGGCCGUCUCGUACGGGGGUUGUCUCUGCCAGGCGUUUGUAAUGUAUUCGUUCGUUUGCAGUGACACUUCUAUUCUGGCAGUUAUGGCUUAUGACCGGUAUCUGGCCAUAUGCCGGCCCCUGCGGUACCACUCUGUGAUGACGAGGAAGAGGCUCGCUCAGCUGGUGUUUCUCUCUUGGUUGACGCCUUUCUGCAUUUUCUCCAUUAACAUCCUGCUGACAGUCAGACUGACGUUCUGUGGCGCAGACAUUCAGAGGCUCUUCUGUGUUAACUGGCUCAUCGUUAAACUGGCUUGCCCCAACAUGGACACUUUUGUAAAUAAUGCAUUUGCAUUCACGACACUAUCUAUUUAUAUUUGUCAUUGGUUCUUUAUUGUUUGGACUUACAUAUAUCUUGUGAAAACGUGCGUGCAGUCCAAAGAGGACAGGGCGAAGUUUGUGCAGACAUCUUUGCCCCAGUUGAUCUCUUUAGUCACGUUCUUCGUCAUCGUGGUGUCUGAUUUGAUGCACAUGCGAUAUGCCUCGAAAGAAUUACCUCAAAGCUUUCAAAACUUUGUUGCUAUAGCUGUUCUCUUUGUUCCUCCAGUUAUGAAUCCUCUACUGUACGGAUUCAAACUGACCAAAAUCCGCAGUAGAAUUCUUGUUUUGCUUCAUGUGAUACAAAAAUGACCUGUUUUAUCUUCAGUCUUUAUCGUCUCUGUCAUAAGCAAAUGCAAUGUCCACACUGUUUAUCACUCAUUAUCUUACAAUGACUAAUUUAUUUUAUUCUACAAUAGAGGCCAGACUGAAGCUUCAUACCUGCAGAUGACUUUACGUAAUAUUUAUAUUUUCUGUAUUUUGUGAACGUUAUUCGUUAUUAAUUUUACAAAUACAGGAAACUUCUUUCCUUUUCAGUGUCUGUAGCCUUUAAUACACAUGUACAGAGGCAACACAGUGAUCAGUAAUACAUAGUCACUUUUCUCAUCAUGAAUAAUUAUAAUAAUAACUUUAUUCAUACAGCACCUUUCAAAAACAAAGUUACAACCUGCUUUACAGUAAAAACAAAUAAUAAAAGUGAAUAAGAUAUAAAAUAAUGCACAAUGCGUCUACAUAAUACUGUGCUGAACACAGCAACUCACACUGACUGAAUGUGUUUUUACACCUUUAUGAAAUCUGAAGAGUUGGGAAUCUUAAAAUACUAUUUGUGCAGAAUAAAUACUUUCUGUGGAUAGUCCGCCUACAGAUAGUUUCCAGAGUAUCUGUAACACAAAUAAAACCGUUUUCUAGGUUUGUUUAGGUUCAGGCACAAAACCAUGUCGGCCAGGGUUUGUUCAUGAACUGUCACAUAUAUACUGUAUAUAUAUAUAUAUAGAUAUAUAUAUAUAUCUAUAUAUACUGUAUGUAUAUAUAUAUAUAGAUAUAUAUAGAUAAUAUGUUGAACAAAGCGAAACAGUUGAAAUGUUACAAACACUGUAUAAACUCUCUGCAGGCCGACUAUCUGAAUAAAGUGUUACCAAAGUAAACACAUACACAAUAUUUUAAACAUAUUAGGUCUUCAUCUUAAAAAGAAUCAUUUAUUUUAUUCUAAAACAGAAAUCAGAUUGAGCUUUACACACUGCAGGUUUCAUUACAUUAUAUUUGUAACUUCUGCAUUUUGUGAGCAACAAACCUUUAAUACACAGCUUCACCUGAUGUUUCUGCUUGUCUCAGGAGUUUUGCAUGCACUGACUAAAAUGAACCAUCAGAGAAUUCACACCUUUAUGAAAUCUACUGACUACAGAUACUAUGUAUGCAAAAUACAUUAAAAAACAGUAUUUAAA